AUGUCUUCAAAGUGUGCGCGGAAAGCGAACCCAUACUUGGAUAUCGAGGCUAUCGUCGACAACGAGGAGGAGGAGGAGGAGGAGGAGGAAGAAGAAGAAGAGGAGGAGGAACUGGCCGAGUUGCUCGCCGACGUCCAACGCACUCAACAAGCUCGGGCGCAUCUUGAUAAUGCAUGUGUUGGCGACGAUGCUGCUGACGCAGAAGCCAUGGCCCAGUCUAUUACGGAGAGAGACAUGGUGGCUAGACGUGCACAGCGGGCCUCGCAGUCGGGUGGCGCAGUCGUCUCUCUUGCCCCCGAUGGAAUCCACCUUCAAGCUAUGGAAAAUAGUUUCCUCUCUCCUUGGGUGUGCAUCUCGCGUGGUACAUAUGAGCACGAUGUGGCCUUCAUGGAGUCGCGAGAGGACUCUCUCCUCCGCGUCUGGGUGGUUCCGCGCUUGCCUACUACAAAAAAGCGGCAGCACGGAAGAACUUCUCAGCAACCGAUGCCGCCAGCAUUACUGAAGGAGUUGUUCGGAGAGGCUGUGACAGAAAGCGAAGGUGAUCGGCUGAUACAUAUUCUCAAGGGCAAGAAGUUCAAAGGCGGCCUCCUGCAGCUCGAACUCACUUUGGACCGGGUGACUUUCGACGUCCACACGACUCGAAACGACGUAUUCGUCUUUAAUGCGGCGAAAUUCGUGCCAAAGACAGCGAUAGCGAAGCUCAUUCUAUUCUGUGUUGACUUCGAACCGGCUGCAGGCACGCGUGUGAUCAUUAUACAGGGCGAGCAAUGCGGCCUCAUCGGUGUUGUGCAUUCAGUCAUUAAUGGACAGGCUACGCUAACCAAUCUCUACCACGAGAAGUUGGAUGACGAACUUUCGUCUCUCGUGCUACCUGUAACUCAGUUACACCCCCUUUGGGCAGUUGGCGAUGCGGUCAAAGUUAAGACGGGCCUCCAUGCGGGCUUGGAAGGGCAAGUGAUUGCCGUGGAUGAUUUCGAUGUCACGAUUGUUCAUGCGAACAAAGUCGAGCAUGUAUGUUCUACGUACGACGAUGCUUCCAAGUACUGA